AUGCGAUCAGAUUUGACGACUUCAAUUUCCCGAGCCGAGCCCAGCACACGGUCCCUGUCGGUACCUAGUCCCCGUGGCAUGCAGGAACCGUGUAGCCCACCAGGAAUGCCGAUCACAGCCAAGAGUCCAACGAUGGAGGGAUCCGUGAGUGCGUUGACGGACGGAGACGGCGCACCGGAAUCGGGGCGUCGCUCGCACAGCCCAGACCACACGGAGACAACCACCGUCGGCUGUCAGGACGCGACUCCACGAUCGACAACAAUGCUCAACGGAAGGAGUGAGCGGCCGGCCGUCGUUGGCGGUGCAGGAGUCGCCGGAACGCUAAAGUUCUCGAUCGCCAACAUAAUGGGACGUGAUGAUGAUCGGGAUCGGGUGGCCGAGAGGAGGCAAAGCCACAUCGUCGAGCAGGAAAAGAAGAACGAAGAAGAAGAGGAGGAAGAUGAUGAGGAUGUGGUGUUGGAUGUGGCCAGUCCGGAUGAUUCCUUCGAGGCGCCAUUUCGGUCGUUCAAUCGAAAACGCCAUCACAGUCCGGACAAAUCGAUGAGUCCGCUGUCAGCGGCUGGCUCCAGUCCUUGCUACGAGCUGCCACCAUCGGUGUCCGUAGCGGAAGCGUACGAUUCCGCCUUCAAGAAGUACGUCCCGAGCUCGAUGCACCCUUUCGUCGGUAGCCAUCGGCAUCAGGAGUUGUUGAGUCAGUAUCCGUUGCUUUAUUAUCCGGGGCAACUGAUGUGUGCCGCUGCUCAGUACGCGGCUCUUACUCAGCAACAUCAUCACCAUCAUCAGCACCAUCAGCAACAUCAUCAUCAUCAACAGCAGCAGCAGCAACAACACCAUGCGGCGGCCGCUGUUGCUGCUCUUCAUCCGUACGGUGGAGAGUCUGUACGGCGUCUCGACAGUCCAACACGCAGUCCUCCGCCUUCGGUGACGACAAUUGGGGCGGUGGCGCCACCUCAUGCACCGCAUCCUCACGCUCAUCUCAACGGACACCAUCAUCUGCACGGACAUCCGGCUCACGGUCAUCAUCAACUGUUGUCGGCGGCUGCGGCCGCAGCAGCAGCAGCGGCAGCGGCUGCAGCAGCCGCCACUGCAGAUCGCAGCAAACACUCAUCGCCACCAGGAGCCGUUGCGAGUAAGCGUCCAUCGUUGAAUCUGAACAUUUCCACCAGUAGUACCUGCUCCUCGAUGAGCUCCUCCAGUGGCAGUAGUGGCUCCCGAGCGGCGAUCUCUCCCGGAGGAACAACCGAGGUUCAUUCUCCCCUUGGCAGUGGUUCUUCAUCAGCAGCAGCAGCAGCAGCGGCCGCAGCGGCAGCCUUGGCCGCAAAACAGAAAACCUUCGCUUGCCCCGAAUGUGGCAAAGUGUUUAACGCCCAUUACAACCUCACGCGCCACAUGCCAGUGCACACGGGAGCACGACCUUUUAUCUGCAAAAUCUGUGGCAAAGGAUUCCGCCAGGCGUCCACGCUGUGUCGUCACAAAAUCAUUCACACCUCGGAGAAACCGCACAAGUGCCAGACGUGCGGUAAGGCGUUCAAUCGAUCGUCAACGCUUAACACGCACACGAGGAUCCAUGCUGGAUAUAAACCAUACAUUUGCGAGUAUUGUGGCAAGGGUUUCCAUCAGAAGGGGAACUACAAGAACCACAAGUUGACGCACAGUGGUGAUAAGGCGUACAAGUGUAACAUCUGCAACAAGGCGUUUCAUCAGAUCUACAAUCUUACCUUCCACAUGCACACGCAUAAUGAUAAGAAGCCGUUUACGUGCAAGAUCUGCGCCAAGGGGUUUUGUAGGAACUUUGAUCUGAAGAAGCAUAUGCGCAAACUGCACGACAUUAGCAUAAGCGGGAUGGGUCACAAACGAUCGCGGGCCAGUAGUGGCACCUCUCGAUCCUCCCUAGAGUCACGGAUGCACCAUCAGUCACCAUCAUCACAUCUGCACCAUCCGGCACUUCAUCUGCAUUCGGGGAACCCCCCCACAGUCCCCGCGGUGCAUCACAGCCAUCCCAGUGUUCAGUCGGCUCCCGAUCUCCAGAGCAGUUCGUCUCCAGUCGCGGGUCACCCAUGGUCAAGCGCUUCGUCACUAGCUGCUUUGCACCAUACGGCCGUGGCAGCGAUGCGCAAUGGAACGGCCAGUGAUUACGCAAGUCCCUUCCUGAUGCCACCGUCCGGACGCCAUCAACGGCUAUCGGUGGCCGCUGCAGUCGCCGAUAGUCCCUUCAUCGGGAAAGUGUUUUGA